AUGGGCCUUCUUCCCAAGAGCCUGCAAUAUGUUGGCGUGGUAAAGGAGUGGAUCCAAGCCAUAGAGGUAGAGAAAAGCUUGUAUUCAGACCAUGAACUGCGAUGUUUCGCAGAGGAUGAGCUUCUGCGUCAAAGGAGUAAAGAAAAAUACGAUAUUCCCGAGAAGAUUGUCCUAGUCCAAGAUAUUGAAGAUGCAUGGGAACAGAAAUUUCAGAAGUUCAAACCUGCCCCACGCAUAACAGACGCUGACCAAAACGAUGACCGGACCUCUUUGAACAGGAAGUUGGACCAGAAUUUGCUGCUGCUGGUGAAGCAGAAAUUUGGAGAGGAAGAUAUAUGGCUGUUGCCCCAGACAGAAUGGCAACAAGGAGAGACGUUGCGAAACACAGUAGAACGGGUCUUAUUUACCCUUCCAGGUCAGUGACAUAUCUAUAUUCUUUAAACAUUUCUCCUCUUUUCCUUUCUCUUUUUUUAUGUACUUUCAGUUUUCUCUACUGUGUGUAUUUUUCAGUUGUAAGCUUUUUGGGACAGAAAGCUAUCCUUUCGUUUUGAAGUAUCUU